ACACCCUUUUUUACUUUAUAAACAAAACAUAAAAAAGCUAAAAAAAAAAAAAAUCGUAGGGUUUGACUGGAAAUUGCAAAGUCUCGGCCGUUCCACAUGGUGGAAUCACCGAUUCCAUCAAGUUCGCUUCUCUCGGGCCUAAGCUCUCGAAGAUCUAUCGUUCGAUGUCCCAAAAGUUGCGGCUUUUACGGAGAGAAAUUUGGCAGCAACGGCAGCUAGAGAGGACACUGUAGAUAGAGAAAAAAAAAAUGGUGUCGAUGGAUUUUGAACGUUGGGAUCAGAGAGAAACAAUGCUGGUCUCUUGAAUAUCUUAGAGUGACUUCGGAAUUUUCUUUCUGGGUUGAAUUUAUUGUAAAUCUUGCCCACGUUGAUUUGAGUUGGCCGCUUGGGACUUGUCCUCUUCAAUUCUGGGCUAAUUGCAUGCAAUCUACUGGUCCCGGCAGUGGUGGACCCGGCCGGAACCCGGGAGUGGGGCCGGCAGGGCGCGCCGCAUCAUCAGCUGCUUCCCCAUCCUCUUCAUCUUCAGCAGUGUCGACGUCGCACUUGGGGUUAGACACUUUACAGCAGCAGCAACACCAGCAGAUUGGUUCUAGGCAGUCAUUGCAACAACAACUACUUAGAAAACCUGAAGGGAAUGAAACAUUUUUAUCAUAUCAAGCAGGGCUUCAAGGGGUAUAUGGUGCUAACAAUUUCUCAUCUCCCAGUCCUGUACAACUGCCCCAGCAAUCACGGAAAUCAAUUGAUUUUGCUCAGCAUGGUUCCAGUCAGGAGCCCCAGAUCAGGGGUCAAGGCAUUGAGCAACAAAUGCCUAAUCCUAUCCAUCAAGCAUACCUUCAAUAUGCUCUGCAAGCUGCCCAACAAAAGUCUGCUUUGGCUAUGGAAUCACAACAGCAAACUAAAAUGGGAAUGUUAGGCCCUUCAAACAUAAAGGAUCAAGAAAUGCGUAUGGGAAACUUGAAAAUGCAGGAACUAAUUUCCUUGCAGGCAGUUAAUCAAACACAAUGUUUGACUCCUAGGAAUUCAUCUGAACAAUUCUCUCGUGGGGAAAAGCAGAUUGAACAAGGACAGCAUCAAGCAACAGAUCACAAGAUUGAGGGAAAGUCUUCGACCCAGGGACAGGCCAUUGGGCACAUAAUGCCUGGAAAUAUGACAAGACCCAUGCAAGCACCAACAACUCCUCAAGGCAUCCAAAAUGUUGUGAACAACCAGAUGGUGGUAUCUGCUCAAAUGCAUGCUAUGCAGGCUUGGGCACAUGAACGCAACAUUGAUCUAUCACAUCCUGCAAAUGCUUACUUAAUGGCACGACUCAUUCCUAUGAUGCAGUCAAAGAUGGUUUCACAACAAAAGCCAAGUGAGAACAAUGUUGCUCCUCAGUCAUCACCUGCCCCUGUUUCUAAACAGCAAGUUACUUCUCCAAUGGAGAACCCAGCACAUGCUAAUUCAUCAAGUGAAUUGUCUGGGCAGUCUGGAUGUGCAAAAGUGAGGCAGGUAGUUCCCCCCAGCCACUUCGUUCCACCAACCAAUGCUGAUACAGCUGGUAGUAGCAGUGAUGUUGUGCAACAAAUUAACAUUCAUGGCAGAGAGUCUCAAGCAUCUCUGAGGCAACCUGUUACUGUUGGGAAUGGAUUGCCUCCCAUGCAUCCCCAACAAUUUUCUGCUAACAUGAAUCUUGGUGCAGACCAUUCUUUGAAUGCCAAAAAAUUACUACCAGGCCCUGAUUCACCACAAGUUCAGCACAUGAGGCAGUUAAACAAAUCCUCUGCUCAGGCUACGGAUUCCACAAAUGGAGGGACUUCAGGAAAUCAUGUCAAACUCGUUGGGGCACCAACCCAGAUACCUCAGCAACGACCUGGAUUUACCAAACAGCAAUUGCAUGUACUUAAAGCACAGAUAUUAGCAUUUAGGAGGCUGAAGAAAGGAGAAGGUGCACUUCCACAAGAACUUCUUCAGGCUAUUAGUCCACCACCACUUGAGUUGCAAUUGCAGCAGACGAUCCAUCAUGCUGGAGGACAGAAUAUGGAGAAAUCUGCUGGCAAUACUGUGGCAGAACACCCAAGGCAAAUUGAGUCUAAAUCAAAAGAUUUUGAAUCUGUCCCUGCAAUAAAUGAUCAGAGUUCCUCAAAGCACGAAGCCGUUUCCAGAGAUGAGAAAUCCACAGCUCCAACAGUUCAUAUGCAAGCUAUGCCAGUUGUGGUAAAGGAAGCUGCUCCUGCUGGAAAAGAAGAGCAGCAAUCAAUGAAGUCAGACCAGGAGAAUGAUUGUGGAAUUAACAGAACUCCUGUUAGAACUGAGUUGCCAUUAGAUAGGGGAAAGGCUAUCAUACCACAUGACACAGUUCAACUUAAGAAACCUGCACAAACUAGCGCUGUUACCCAGUCAAAGGAUGUGGCAUCCACCGGAAAAUAUCAUGGACCCCUUUUUGAUUUCCCCUUUUUCACGAGGAAACCUGACUCAUUUGGGUUAUCUAUGGUGGUGAACAACAAUAAUUUGUCUCUUUCAUAUGAUGUCAAAGAUCUUCUUUAUGAGGAAGGCAUGGAAGUACUUACAAAGAGAAGGGCUGAAAAUUUAAAAAAGAUUGAAGGUUUACUGGCAGUGAACUUGGAGAGAAAAAGAAUUAGGCCAGAUCUUGUUUUGAGGCUGCAAAUUGAAGAGAAAAAGCUUCGUCUUUUAGAUCUUCAGGCACGAUUGAGGGAUGAGAUUGAUCAGCAGCAACAAGAGAUAAUGACAAUGCCAGAUAGGCCAUAUCGUAAGUUUGUUAGACUGUGUGAGCGUCAGCGUACAGAACUUGCUAGACAAAUGCAAGCCUCUCAAAGAGCUUUACGAGAGAAACAACUCAAAUCUAUAUUUCAGUGGCGUAAGAAGCUUCUUGAGGCACAUUGGGCUGUUCGUGAUGCUCGAAUUGCCCGCAACAGGGGUGUGGGCAAAUAUCAUGAGAGACUGUUGAGGGAAUUCUCAAAGCGUAAAGAUGAUGAUAGGAACAAAAGGAUGGAAGCCUUAAAAAAUAAUGAUGUUGAUAGAUACAGGGAGAUGUUGCUAGAGCAGCAGACUAGCAUCCCAGGUGAUGCUGCAGAGAGAUAUGCUGUUCUUUCAUCCUUCUUAACACAGACUGAGGAUUAUCUACAAAAAUUGGGAAGUAAAAUAACAGUUUCCAAAAAUCAGCAGGAAGUGGAAGAGGCAGCAAGAGCCUCUGCAGCCGCUGCACGAUUGCAGGGUCUCUCUGAAGAAGAAGUCAGAGCAGCCGCAGCUUGUGCUGGGGAGGAAGUGAUGAUUAGAAAUCGUUUUAUGGAGAUGAAUGCUCCUAAAGACAGUUCAUCUGUUAGCAAGUAUUACAACCUUGCUCAUGCUGUGAAUGAAAAGGUCAUAAGGCAGCCAUCCAUGUUACGAGCUGGAACCUUGAGAGACUAUCAGCUUGUUGGCUUGCAGUGGAUGCUUUCAUUGUAUAACAACAAGUUAAAUGGAAUUUUAGCAGACGAAAUGGGCCUUGGUAAAACUGUGCAGGUUAUGGCCUUAAUUGCCUACUUGAUGGAAUUUAAAGGAAAUUAUGGCCCACAUCUUAUAAUUGUUCCAAAUGCAGUAAUGGUUAACUGGAAGAGUGAGUUGUAUAAUUGGUUACCCUCUGUGUCAUGCAUCUUUUAUGUUGGGGGGAAGGACCAACGGUCAAAAUUAUUUUCUCAAGAGGUUUCCGCCAUGAAAUUUAAUGUCCUUGUGACAACUUAUGAGUUCAUUAUGUAUGACCGGUCCAAAUUGUCAAAAAUUGAUUGGAAGUAUAUCAUAAUUGAUGAAGCACAAAGAAUGAAGGAUAGAGAUUCAGUUUUGGCUCGUGAUCUUGAUAGAUAUCGUUGUCAGAGACGUCUUCUUCUGACAGGAACACCAUUGCAGAAUGAUCUGAAGGAACUCUGGUCACUUUUAAAUUUACUUCUCCCAGAGGUUUUUGAUAAUCGAAAAGCAUUUCAUGAUUGGUUUUCAAAACCUUUUCAAAAGGAAGAUCCUACUCAAAUUGUAGAGGAUGAUUGGCUUGAGACAGAAAAGAAAGUUAUCAUUAUUCAUCGACUCCAUCAGAUUCUUGAGCCUUUCAUGCUGAGGCGUCGUGUUGAAGAUGUUGAAGGCUCACUACCCCCGAAGGUCUCCAUAGUUUUACGAUGUAAAAUGUCAGCUAUCCAGAGUGCCAUUUAUGACUGGAUCAAAUUCACUGGUACCCUUCGGCUUGAUCCUGAGGAUGAGAAGCUUAGAGUUCAAAAGAAUCCACUUUACCAGGUGAAGCAGUACAAGACUUUAAAUAAUAGAUGCAUGGAGCUGCGUAAGACGUGCAAUCAUCCGUUGCUUAAUUACCCAUACUUCCAUGACUUAUCCAAAGAUUUCCUUCUGAAAUCUUGUGGGAAAUUGUGGAUCCUUGAUAGGAUCCUUAUUAAACUGCAACGAACUGGACAUCGAGUUCUGCUGUUUAGUACUAUGACAAAACUUCUAGACAUUAUAGAAGAAUACCUGCAAUGGCGGCAACUUGUUUACAGAAGAAUUGAUGGGACAACUAGUUUGGAAGACCGUGAAGCAGCUAUAAUGGACUUUAAUAGCCCAGAUUCAGACUGUUUCAUCUUCUUGCUUAGCAUUAGAGCUGCUGGGAGAGGCCUUAACCUUCAGUCAGCAGACACAGUCAUCAUAUAUGAUCCUGAUCCAAACCCAAAAAAUGAGGAGCAGGCAGUUGCAAGGGCUCAUCGCAUUGGACAGACUAGAGAAGUCAGGGUUAUCUACAUGGAAGCUGUUGUUGACCAAAUUCCAAACCAUCAAAAAGAAGAUGAAUAUAGAAGUGGGGGCACUGUCAAUUUGGAGGAUGAACUUGCUGGUAAGGAUCGUUAUAUGGGAUCCAUUGAGAGCCUCAUUAGGAACAAUAUUCAACAAUACAAGAUUGAUAUGGCUGACGAGGUCAUCAAUGCUGGACGUUUUGAUCAAAGAACAACACACGAAGAGAGACGUAUGACUUUGGAGACAUUAUUACAUGACGAAGAAAGAUAUCAAGAAACUGUCCAUGAUGUUCCCUCUCUACAGGAGGUGAAUCACAUGAUUGCCAGGAGUGAAGAAGAGCUCGAACUGUUUGAUCAAAUGGAUGAAGAACUGGAUUGGACUGAGGAGAUGACACGGUAUGAUCAAGUGCCUAAGUGGCUUAGAGCCAGUACAAAAGAAGUCAAUGCCACUAUUGCUGCAUUAUCAAAAAGACCUUCAAAGAACACUUUCUUGGGUGGUAAUAUUGCGGAAUCCAGUGAAAUGGGUUCUGAUGCAUCUGCAAAAAGUGAAAGGAGAAGAGGACGACCCAAGGGGAAAAAACAUCCCAGUUAUAAAGAGUUAGAAGAUGAAAAUGGAGAAUCCUCUGAAGCAAGUUCUGAAGAAAGAAAUGGAUAUUCUUUAAAUGAAGAAGGGGAAAUAGGAGAAUUUGAAGAUGAUGGGUAUAGUGAUGCUGAUGGAGCUCAAUUAAAUAACAAAGAUCAAAUGGAUGACGGUCCACCUUGUGAUGCAGGGUAUGAAUUUCCCCGUUCCUCAGAAAGCAUGAGAAACAGUCAUAUGGUUGAAGCAGCUGCUUCCUCAGGGUCAUCCUCAGACAGUCAAAGAUUGACGCAGACUAUAUUUCUGUCAGUUUCCUCUCAGAAAUUUGGUUCCCUCUCUGCAUUAGAUUCUAGGCCUAGUUCCAUUUCCAAAAUGAUGACAGAAGAAUUAGAGGAAGGGGAAAUUGCAGUAUCUGGUGAUUCUCAUGUGGAUCACCAGCAAUCUGGCAGUUGGAUUCAUGAUCGUGAGGAAGGAGAAGAUGAACAGGCUUUGCAACCCAAAUUUAAACGGAAACGCAGUCGCCGUGUUCGACCCUGUCUUGCUACUACGGACAGGGUUGAGGAAAAGUCUGGCAGUGAGAUGGCACCUCUUCAACAUGGAAAAUCGGCUCAUUUGACUGUCCACGCAGACCAGAAAUAUCAUGCACAAUCACGGACUGAACCUGAUGCAAAAUCACUUGGAGAAUUUAAUGCUGCCAGGCAUGAUCAGAAUGAGUUAUUGUUAACAAAUAAGCGAAGUAUGCCUUCAAAGAGAGUAACUAAUAAAUUGCAUGGUUCACCUAAAUCUGGUAGAUUGAAUUGUAUUUCUGCCCCUUCAGAGGAUGAUGGUGAACAACUCAGAGAAAAGUGGGAGGGUAAGCCUAUCAAUUCAAUUGGGUCUUCAGCUAUUGGUGCUAAAAUGUCUGAAAUGGUACAGAGAAAGUGCAAGAAUGUAAUUAGCAAGUUUCAAAGGAGAAUAGAUAAGGAAGGUCAUCGGAUUGUUCCUUUGCUUACUGACUUGUGGAAGAAGAAUUCUGGACACACUGGUGGGUGUGGGAAUAAUUGGUUGGACAUACAGAAGAUUGAUCAGCGAAUUGAUAGGUUUGAAUAUAAUGGAGUAUUGGAGCUUGUGUGUGAUGUGCAGUUCAUGCUGAAGUGUGCGAUGGAUUUUUAUGGGUUCUCACAUGAGGUAAGAUCUGAAGCAAGGAAGGUCCACGAUCUCUUCUUUGGUAUCUUGAAAGUUGCAUUUCCUGAUACGGACUUUCAAGGGCCAAGAAGUGCACUUUCUUUUGCUGCACCGACUUCAGUCAGUACUCUUGCAUCCCCAAGGCAUUUAGCUGUUGGCCAAAGCAGAAGGCACAAGCCGAUAAAUGAGGUGGAAAAUGAUCCGGGCCCCUCACAGAAGCAACUGCAUCGGGGUUUUUUUCCGAGUGGUGAAAGCACCAGGAUCAGAGUGCAUCUGCCACCUAAGGAUUCAAGAACUGGAACAGCUUCUGGCAGCACCAGAGAGCAAACUCAGCAGGAUGAUUCUCCGCUACUCACUCAUCCAGGUGAACUGGUAGUGUGCAAGAAGAGAAGAAAUGAGAGGGACAAAUCCUCAGGGAAGACUAGGGGUGGCUCAGCCGGCCCUGUUUCUCCGCCUAGCUCUGGUCCUGCUAUAAGAAGUCCAGUACCAAGUUCAGGUUCAAAGGAUGCUAGACUGGCUCAACAGACUGCUCAAGGGUGGACACGCCAGCCAUCUCAACAACCAAACGGGUCUGGUGGAUCAGCCGGUUGGGCGAAUCCUGUGAAGCGGUUGAGGACGGAUUCUGGGAAAAGGAGACCGAGCCAUCUAUAGAAUUCUCAAAGACGGUAAAUUGUUAUGAAUUAGUGGCCAUUACCUUCUGUGGAGUCUAGUCCAAUUUGUUCAUAUAGCCUCUGUUGGUAUUCUAAAGCUACCUCAAUGGGUUAAAUGCCAAUAAUUUUCCUAAUUUUUUAUCUGGGUAUCUGCAGCUUGCAGGUAUUGCCUUUCUUCAGAUAGCUGAAGCUUUUGUAUAGAUUUUUUUUUUUUUAAAUGAUAGCAUCAUUGGAAAGAGGGGGGGAUGUUACCUCUA